UGCCUUAAGCUAAAUGCUCAAUUCACACAGCCAUCAUCUCUCUCACUCCUACAUUAUAACCCUCCCUCUUGAGUUGGUUUCCUCCACGCAAAGAGAAAAAGAAACACUCAUCAAACUCUGUUGUUUUCUACCCCUUUGCGAAGGUACCAAACACUUUACUUUCCUUUCCUUUCCUUCCCUUGGGAACGGAUAGCCCUUUUAGACUUUCGUAUCUGAUUUUAAUCCUUUUAGCCUUUUCUUUAUUCAUUUCUUCUGUUUUCUUGCUUAAAUCGAGUGUUUGCCGACAAAUAAGGAAGAAUAAGCUGGUCUUUCUUUGUCUUGGUCUUCUCCAUUUCUUCAAAUUUUUUCUUUUGAUUACUGGAUUCUCAAUCCGAUUUUUUCUGAUCUGAAUCGGCUUCUGGGUUCAUAAUCCCUUUCUGGGUAUUUCAGAUUUCUUCUUCUUCUUCUUUACCGCUGAUUUUAUCCUUCAAUUUCAGCUAAUAGGGACUUAUUCUUGUGAUUCAUCAAGAGGCAUUGCUAGUUAUCACUGUUGCUGUUUUUUCUCUUUAAUAAUAUAUGGGCUGAGGUGCACUUUUCAUGGGAGGUGUAGAGGAUGAUGAACCAGCCUCAAAACGCAUGAAAUUGUCCUCUGAAGAAUUGAGACGUCUUUCCAACGGUUCAACUAUUAAAGAGCCUGUAGCUGGGUCUUCAGGAGACUUGAUGGCUCGGCCCCUGCAGUCUGAAGGGGGCGAAGAAGUUGUAGGUUCAAAAGGAGUUAUAAAGAAGGUAGAAUUUGUCCGAAUAAUAACAAAAGCAUUAUAUUCUCUUGGUUACAUAAAGAGUGGUGCUCAUCUAGAGGAAGAGUCAGGGAUACCAUUACAUUCUUCUGUGGUCAAUGUGUUUAUGCGGCAAAUUCUUGAGGGAAAUUGGGAUGAAAGUGUUGUCACAUUGCAUAAUAUUGGUCUAACAGAUGAAAGGACCAUAAAAUCAGCUUCUUUUCUGAUAUUAGAGCAGAAGUUUUUUGAACUUCUGGAUGAAGAAAAAGUCAUGGAUGCUCUGAAGACAUUAAGGACUGAGAUUGCACCUCUUUGUAUCAAUAAUGGUAGAGUUCGUGAGCUUUCUUCAUCCAUUGUUUCACCUUCUGAUUGGUUUUCUGUUCGAUCGCCGAAACGGGAUAUAAAGAGGGCAAGAUCUCGGACUAAAUUGUUGGAAGAAUUACAAAAGCUGCUUCCUCCAACAGUUAUGAUUCCCGAAAGAAGGUUGGAGCAUUUAGUUGAACAGGCCCUUGUCCUGCAACGAGAUGCUUGCAUGUUUCACAACUCUUUGGAGAAGGAAAUGUCACUAUAUGCCGAUCAUCAGUGUGGGAGAGAUCAAAUUCCUUCUCAAACAUUGCAGAUACUACAGGCUCACACUGAUGAAGUAUGGUUCUUGCAAUUUUCACAUAAUGGGAAAUACUUAGCUUCAUCAUCCAAUGAUCAGUCAACGAUCAUUUGGGAGGUUGAUGCAAAUGGAGUAUCUUUAAAACAUAUACUCUCUGGUCACCAGAAACCUAUCUCUGCUGUUUCAUGGAGUCCUGAUGACCAUCAGCUUCUUACUUGUGGUGUAGAGGAGGUUGUAAGACGCUGGGAUGUCUCUUCUGGUGAAUGCCUCAAUGUUUAUGAAAAAGCUGGUCUUGGCAUGGUUUCAUGUGGAUGGUCUCCAGAUGGCAAAUGGAUAUUUUCUGGUGUGAAUGAUAAGAGCAUCUGCAUGUGGGAAUUGGAGGGGAAAGAGCUAGAGUGCUGGAAAGGGCAACGUACUCUAAAAAUUUCUGAUUUGGAAAUAACAAGUGAUGGGAAGCAGAUUAUUAGUAUAUGUAGGGAAACAGCAAUAUUAUUACUUGACAGGGAAGCUAAAGUUGAGAGGUUAAUUGAAGAGGAUCAAACAAUAACUUCGUUCUCAUUAUCAAGAGACAAUAGAUUCUUGCUGGUAAAUCUUUUAAACCAAGAAAUCCAUCUAUGGAACAUAGAGGGUGAUUUGAAGCUUGUUUCUAAAUAUAAAGGCCAUAAACGCACCCGCUUCAUCAUCAGGUCUUGUUUUGGUGGACUUGAGCAAGCAUUUAUUGCCAGCGGUAGUGAGGACUCACUGGUCUAUAUAUGGCAUAGGGGCACGGGGGAGCUUAUAGAGGCAUUACCAGGUCACUCCGGAGCUGUCAAUUGUGUAAGCUGGAAUCCAGCAAACCCUCACAUGUUGGCAUCAGCUAGUGAUGACCGUACAAUCCGGAUAUGGGGCUUAAAUAAUCUAAGCACGAAGCUCAAAGACACUCACAGUAACGGCAUCCAUUAUUGUAAUGGAGGAACUUGAGAGAUUGAAUGCAUGCAGUCUGCAGUCAUUGAUACCUGAUAUGAUUGGUUUCAUGUAAAUACUUUAUCUUGUUGAAAGCUGACAUUCAUAAAAAAAAAAGAUUGUCAACAAUGCAGCAACUUUCUGAUAAUAAAUUUGCUAUUUUCGCUUUUUAACAUUUAA